AUGCAAUCCGCGGCAGGACAGACGGGAGCGCGGAGGCGGACCCCUCCAUUCCCCACGAAGCAAAUGACAAUCCUGGCACUAUGUCGGAUUUGCGAACCCAUUGCCUUCAUGAGCAUUUUCCCCUAUAUAUAUUUCAUGGUCAAAGAUUUCCACAUUACCGACAACGAUGCUCAAAUCUUCAUGUACUGUGGCAUGGUCACAUCGGCUUUCGCUUUCGCAGAAUUCUCGUCUGGAGUGGCUUGGGGUCGACUGAGUGAUAAAAUCGGACGAAAACCAGUUCUGCUUACCGGGCUUGCGGGUACGGCUUUGAGUAUGCUCAUCUUUGGAUUCUCGCCCAAUCUGCCAACAGCAUUGUUGGCACGCGCGCUGGGUGGUCUAUUGAACGGAAAUAUUGGCGUUUUACAGACUACUGUGGCCGAGAUGGUGACGGUGAAAGAACAUCAGCCUCGCGCAUAUACAAUCAUGCCAUUCGUUUGGUGUCUCGGAUCCAUAUUAGGCCCGUCCCUUGGAGGUGCACUGGCGAGACCCGUAGUCAAUUGGCCAGGAACAUUUCAGCAAGGAUCGAUUUGGGAAAAGUUCCCUUACUUACUUCCCAAUCUCGUUUGUACAGUUGUGGUAACUUGCGGAGUAAUUGUCGGAAUCUUAUUUUUGGAAGAAACGCACUCGGAGAAGAAAUACCGACGGGAUCCCGGAUUAGAAGCAGGAAAAUGGAUUCUCAGUAAAUUCACACGAUGCGCCGAAUUAAAGAAUAGUCGAUGCGAAAAGGUGGCAGAGUCUGACGAGAUACUUUCGUUGUUGAAUGGUGAUUCAGAGGAUCAGCCGCCAGGAUAUCGAACAACCCAAGGGUCACCUACUCUUACGUCGACUGUGACUUCUAAGGACCCGCAAGAAACCCUGGAUUUGAAUGCACAUGAUCAAUUUGUUGUUCCUGCAAGAACUAAACCUGCAGCAACGAAGGCUUUUACGAGACAGGUCGUCAUCAAUAUUAUCGGUUAUGGUAUCUUGGCUUACCACACAAUGACUUUCGAUUCCAUGCUUCCAACGAUGCUUUCCUACAAAAAAGAGGACGAUGCUCCACCAUUCCCAGAACCUCAAUUGCCCUUUAAGUUCGUCGGUACAUAUGGAAUGAGCUCUUCAGAUGUCGGCGUGGUUCUUUCGGUCCAAGGAUUAUAUUCGAUGAUUGCUACAAUUUUCUUAUUCCCAAUCGUUGUUCGACGACUGGGAGCUUUGAACUUGUUCAGAACCAUGGCAAUUUCUUAUCCAAUCCUCUAUAUUGUAACACCCUACUUGGUCUUACUCCCAGAGAAUCUUAAAAUGAUUGGUUUGUAUGCGGUUGUCAUCUGGAAAUGCACUUUCUCGACAAUGACCUAUCCAAGCAAUGCUAUUCUGUUGACUAAUUCGGCACCGUCGCUUCUGAUGUUGGGCACCAUCAACGGUGUUGCAGCAUCAACUGCCAGUAUUUCCAGAGCCUUUGGCCCGACGGUCUCAGGUUUCCUCUUGUCGGCUGGUGCUAGCUUAGGUUACUCUGGUCUUGCGUGGUGGUGCAGUGCUAUCAUUGCUAUGAUUGGUGCUGUUAUCAGUCUCUACAUGACUGACAAGGGAGGAAGAAUGGAUGUUGACGAGAAGAGUGAAGAGGACCAUGAGCAAGCAUUCGAUGAUGCAAUGCUUGAUCAUUGUGCUCCUGAUACUGGCAUCGCCGCUGGCGCCGAGCCAAGACACAUCAUUGUCGAACAUUAG